UAAUAAUUGGAGCUUUUUGUAGUCAACCCAUAGCUUGCAAGCCUGGUGCAGGAAUUUAAAGAGAGUGUUGAGUUUAAAAGUCUCACUUUAACCAAAACAAUUGCUCUUUAACAACUAUGAUGUGCCUACCACUCUUGGUGAGGAGCAACCAAUCAGAAUUGACCUUCGCUCUCACACUCUGAAGUGUCGCACAUUUGUAUGUAGUUUUAAGGCCAAAGUGGACUUCAGUUGUCUGCGUUGCAGAUCGCUUCGUGCACAGUAUUCGUGACGCAAAUUUUGUCAUCGGCACAGUCCGGACUGACCACGCACGGCCCAGAUUUUCUCGACCGACAGAUACGGUCCUCGUCUGUGCGCAUCUUCUGUGCAUUCGCCUGCCAUUGACUGUACUAAAAGAGUAUCACAAAGCAACUGUAGUGGGUAUGCGUCGAACGCAUUUGUAUUCACUCGCGGUUAGAAGAGUAUACUUUGAAAGGCAACACGGUCGACCGGUCCGAGAUGAUCUGGAACUUACAAAAAUGAAGUAUACCCGGGCCUUUAUGCCAAAGUAUAUUUAAUCUUGCCCUGCAACUUUUGCUAAUUUUGUCAUCAGCUCUGUACAUGCGUGUAGUCUGCUAGUUUUUCUAGACACGCAGAAAAGCAGUACUGCGCAUGCAUCGAAUGUUGUCCGUACAGGCUUGUGGUCAAUGCUUUGAAAGACUAGCUCACGACCAUGCAUUAGACAUAAUGGCAUGUGAAAAAACAAAGCCUUGAGAGGUGCAUCGUGUUAUGUCUGCGCCAGGGUUUCCAUUAGCUGGUAAAUGCAGUUAAUUUUACCAUUAAAGCAUCCCAUUGUCUGACAUAUUCAAAAAUAUUUAGACACAAUGUCUGGUGAAAAUGUUAACACGAAGUGUCAGCAACUCCUUUAGUUGGUGCCACGAGUGUAAUCCCAAUGAUGACAGCACUUUGCUGCCUUGGAGGUUGAACAGCUUGAAAAGUCCUAAUCCGCGACUACAGUGGGUUGUAUCCUGCACACUGGCAAAAGCAGCCUGCGUUCUUCCCGUCUUGCAUGCCCACAGUGAGAAGCUUCCCACUUCAGAAUCAUAUUAAAACAGCCUUGUGUUGCCAUCUUCUGGAGGAGAAGGACACCAGGCUUAUGUGUAUCUCAAGCUGUAGUGAAACAGUGCACACAUUUGACUUCACGUCAGCAGCAAAACGCUUCUGUGCUAUGUAAAAUCUGGGGAAAAUAGUCAAAAAAAUAAAGCCGAUGCAAUUUGCACUCUGAUGCAAAUAUGCUAUUUAAUGCCUCAGUGCAAACAGUGGCAGAUACUAUUUGCACCUCCACAAACACCCUACAACAGCCCCUACCCCUAAACCUAACCUUAACCUUCCCUUAAAAUAACAUUGGUUUUAUUACAGUAACCAUAGUUUCACCAUGGUAUUUUGUAGUAAAAUUGUAGCAAAUACAAAAUUAAACAUGGUUACUAUAUUACCAUCAUAUUACUGUAGUAACACCAUGGUUAAUUGCAUUAAAACUAUGGUGUCUGCCAAAAAACAUGGUUACUACAAAAGUACUAUAGUAUUACAGUGAUGCAAUCUACACACAAGCGACGCCGAGCUGCGGGAUUAAAGCCCCGUUCACACUGCAAAUGAUGUUGUCGCUUGAUGUCGCUAGACUCUGCAAUCAGUGUCGCUGGUUGGCGUUUCUACUGCUGUUGCUUUAAUGUUAUUGGUGGACUGCACAUCUGGAUAUUCUGAUUACAGAGUAUACUGCUGGUAAAGCUAAGGUGUCAUUCUGAUUUGACAAGGAAUCAGUUCUAUUGCUUCUAAAAAUGAAAAUUGAGUGUUUUUAUAAAACAUGCAGCAUUGCUUAAUGCAUGAUGAACAAGAUGAAUGAUGUAUCAAUGUAUAAAUCAAAUUCACUCGGAAUGCUGACACGGUUUUCCACUCAUCAUUUUAUUACACAUAUCCAUGUAUGUGGUUACAGACAAAUGAUAGAAGAGUGAAAUCGCUCACAGAAACUUUUAACUCCUCCAUCUUGCCUGCACUCGACUCCAGUAUCUCCCACUGCCUGGAGACGGGUGACGUGAGCUCCACUGUCUUCACUCUCAUUGGUAGUCGCUCGCGAAUGUCACUCGUCGUUUGCAUAGUAGAAAUUUUCUAAAAUUUCUCUACAGCUUGUGUCGCUUGAAGUCGCUCUGCUCUCAUUGAAAAUGAAUGGGAUCGUAUCGCUUUGCCACGCGAUGCCACCUGUGGUGUGAAGGGGUCUUAAAGGUGCAUUCAGUAGUUUGGAGCCAAUUUAAAAGUUUUACACAUUAACGAAUGAAUUGUGUUUUUGUGAAGUUUGAUCCGAAUGGUGUACACUCACAUGAGAUGAAGACUAUACUCAUAAUAUUUUUCUAUAAAAAGUGUUUUAUUUUACAUGGUGCGGGUCAUCCCCUUCAAUGUGUUUCGCCAUGUUGAAAUCACAUGACACGUGGCGUUUCACUAAACGUGGAAGAAGAGAAUCCUCACGCUCAUGAGCUAGUGUGGCGCCUGUGUAUAUAGAUGCGCUUGGUUAUGCUUAGAACAUUGUUGUUUGGUGACGCGAAGAGUGAAAAGAAUCAGAAUGAGCUUUAUUGCCAAGUAUGCUUACACACACAAGGAAUUUGUCAUGGUGACAGAACACAAUGGAACAUACUUAUUUAUCGUGCUUUAGCAGCGGAGAAAACGGGAGAUCCAGUAGCUGUACUACCGAAGAAGCAAAAAAAGGUCUGAAGCAACUUGCUUCAAGCAAGAAGACAGAAAGACCGGCAAAGACAAAAAGCAGUAACGCUGGUGCUUUUUGGUUUAAGCAACGAGAUGGCGGUGACGUUUAAGGAGGAGAACACGGCCUCAUUUAAACACAUCUUCCUUAAAGAUUAUGAUGAUUCAGAUGACGCACUUGCGGUUUACACGCAGAGUGAUGUGUAUGAUCACAUAUUCUACACCGUAGAACAGUAUCUGGCUUUGCCGGAGAAGACGGUGGGCCGCUAUGCAUAUGUGUACGAUGUCGGUGUGAAUGGGAGUGCGCUCUCUCUGUGUCAGCAGUAUUAUAAAAAGGGCCAGAUUGACCCAGCUAAUGACACCUUCAUCAUUGACCCACAUGUGGUCACAGACUGUAUUGGUGUGAACCCUUUGUCUACUCCCACAGCAGGUCUGGGUCGUGAUUAUAGGAAUUUAACCCUUAAAUUUCACAAGCUUAUUAAUGUCACCAUACAGUUCCAGCUGAAGGCCAUAAAUCUUCAGACCAUCAUACACAAUGAAAUUCCAGACUGUUACACUUUCUUCAUCACGAUUUUGCUGGAUAACAAAGCCCACAGUGGUAAAGUUAAGAUCAGUCUGGAUAAUCAGGCCUCCAUUAAGGAAUGUAGAGACCCAAGUGUUUCUGGACACGCUGAUAGCUAUGCUCGUGUGUGGUUUGAUGUGGCUGUCGCAGUUGUUUGUACUCUUUCUCUUAUCCUCUGUGGUCGCUCUAUCCUCAGAGGCAUUGUCCUUCAAAAUGAGUUUGUGAAGUACUUUAAGAGCUCUUUGAAACGUGAUGUCUGUUGGGGAGACAGAAUGGAGUUUAUUAACGGUUGGUAUAUUCUGCUCAUCAUUAGUGACGUGCUCACUAUCACAGGCUCCAUCAUCAAGAUCGGUAUUGAGCUUAAGAACCUCUCAUCCUACGACGAGUGUGGGAUCCUCUUGGGCACAUCGACGUUAUUGGUUUGGGUUGGAGUUAUUCGUUACCUCACCUUCUUUCAGAAGUACAAUAUUCUCAUCGUCACAUUAAGAGCUGCAUUCCCUAAUGUGAUCCGCUUUUGUUGCUGUGUGGCGGUGAUCUACCUCGGCUACUGCUUCUGUGGGUGGAUUGUGCUGGGACCCUACCAUGUUAAGUUCCGCUCCCUGUCGUUGGUAUCUGAGUGUCUGUUCUCUCUGAUCAAUGGAGAUGACAUGUUCGUGACCUUCAGUGGCAUGCAAGAAAGCAGCAUGCUUGUUUGGGUCUUCAGUCAGGUUUAUCUGUACACGUUCAUCUCUCUGUUCAUUUACAUGGUGCUCUCGCUCUUUAUUGCACUCAUCACUGGAGCUUAUGAGACCAUUAAGCAUCAAACUCAGGAGCCCCUCCAUAUCACUGACCUGCACGCAUUCAUCGCUGAGUGCAAGGACACGCCCUGCUCUGGAAUGUUCCGUGGAAUCGAGACCUCGCCGUGCUCUUUCUUCUGCUGUUGUGACAGAACUACCACAUAUGAGGACGUCCUCCUUGUCAACUAGUGAAGUCAUGAGGCUUGAAGUCUGACAACACCUUCCUCUGCUGGUCACAGUGCAGUACUGCGACGACACUGAAGUUAAUUGCAAAAUGAAGAAAGCUCCAGACAGAUGACCCAAGAAGUCACAGUCACUUUAAUUUGGGCCUUAAGUGGAGGAGCACAUUUUAGUUAAACCACAGUCAGACCAAUUUAAGUUUUACCUCAACUUGUUUUUAGUUUUAUUUCUAUUUAAAUCCAGAGGUUGCUGAAUGCACACGCAAAUGUUGUGCACAGUAAUCGUUCCCUGAAUAUUGAUCCCAUAAGUUCAUUUAGUGUGUGCUGUAGUGGGUCAUCACUCACAAAUGCUCAGAGACACACUGCCAUCUGCUUAAUGUGUAAUGUCUGCAUCACUCCUUUCUAAAAGAGACUGAACAGCUUUGGGCUUGCCAAAGCAUUUAGCAGGUGCAAAACUGCUGUAGCAAAAAGAUUGAAGUUUACUGUGGGUCGUUCUAAUCAUGGGUUAUGUAAGUAAACUUAACUGUGCUUAAUUGUCAGUGUUUGACCUUUGGUAAUGGUCAAUAUUAUUCAGCACUUAGAGUAAAACUAGCUCUCCCUAGAGUCAGUAACGAAGGUUUUUGUCUUAUAGUGACCAAUCCUUAUUUAUGGUGAAAAUAGAUGUUCUGACAGUAUCAAUUAGCACUCACAAAAUGCCUCAACUGGAAUUUUUACUGUUAACCUUAAUAAUCUAUUGAUGUCAAUUGAUAGCUUUUAUUUUGAGUGUAAUUAAUACCUCGUUGUUGGAUAUGAUGUUGAAUAGCACGAUAUGCAUAUUUUUGUACUUGCGUCAAAAGAGCUCACAGAGUAAUGACACAUUUUUUUUUAAUUUUAGGUAGACUGAUGCAUUAUUUUACAGCUAUAAACCAAUGGAAUCAAAUCACUCUUUUUGCACACAAUAAUGUUGAUUUAUAAAUGAUGGUAGAGAGCUAAUAUUUUAUAGAGAAUACAAAAUGUACAAUUCAAUCCUCCUUAAAGGGAUAGUUCACCCAAAAAUGAAAUAUUUCUCACCCUCAUGCCAUCCCAGAUGUGUAUGACUUUCCUUCUUCUGCAGAACAUAAAGAUAUUUAGAAGAAUAUUCCAGCUCUGUAGGUCCUCACAAUGGAAGUGAAUGGGUGCCAAAAUGUUGAAGCUCCAAAAAGCACAUAAAGGCAGCAUAAAUGUAAUCCAUACAACUCUAGUUGUUGAAUCUAUAUCUUCAGAGGCGAAAUGGUAGGUGUGGGUGAGAAACAUUAAUAUUUAAGUCCUCCUUUACAAUACAUUUUCCUCCCUGUCCAGUAGGUGGCGAUAUGCACGAAGAAUGAGAAAGUGAAAGUGGAGAUUGAUAGGAAAAAAGGACUUAAAAUGAAAAUAUGGAUUUAACCACUGGAGUCUCAUGGAUUACUAUUAUGCUGCCUUAUUGUGUUUUUUGUAGCUUUAAAAAUUGUGGUCACCAUUCACUUGCAUUUUAUGGACCUUCAGAGCUGAAAUAUUCUUUUAAAAAUCUAUGUUUGUGUUCAGCAGAAGAAAGAAAAUAAUAAACAUCUGGAAUGGCAUGAGGGUGAAGAAAUGAGAGAUUUUUAAUUUUGGGUGAACUUUCCCUUUAAGUUUUAUUUUAAAAUGGAGGCCUUAAUUGAUCCAAGAACACUUGUAUAAGAUUACUGGCUAGGGCACAGUGCUCGUCACCAUGGUGACGUAUUAGAACGAUAGAACUAAUCAAGAAUGCUUGAUCCAUAUCAUGCAUAAACAGCCUCACUUCAGAAGACAAACAAGCCUAAUUGUAUGUUCUCCAUUACACUUGACUGAUAAGAGAAGUAUAUAAACAUUGUUUAAAUUCUGGGGCUUGGUGCAAACCAUUUACACAGACCAAGUGGGACCAGUCAUGUUAAGUGAUGUGGAGAAAUUUUCGGUCAUCUACAUGUUUUUAAUGAUUAAUUGUUAUUACAUUUGUUGUUUUAAUGUAUUAUUCAGUCAUGUUCUAGAGUAAUGUUUUAUUUAUAUUGUGUCAUCUCUGUUGUUUUUCUGUUUUGAAUGAAUUUAAAGCGCACAAUCAGCAAACAGAGCACACUUAAAACUUUCGAGACUUUCUAGGACUACCAUAUGAAGAUAAACAAAUUGUUUAAAAAAAUGUAUCGCACUCAUAGCUGAUGGUACUGUACAUGUGUUUAUUAAGUUUAUAAAUCCAAUUUUAGACAUGUAUCUGAAAUAUUUCCUAUUUCAUUAAUCAGAAGUGGAACGGCAAAAAAGAAUCUAUUCAAAUACGUUUUGUUGACCAAGGUGGUACAAACAUGCAUUUUUGGUGAAAUGUUGUACAAGAAUGUACUGUUUACUGUUUGGGAUUUUCCCCCUCCUGUUUUUGUUUUUAAUUUUAUUUUAUUUUUUUCCUCUUUAAAUCGUUUUGCAUACUUUUAUAAGUGUCAUUGCACAUUUUUCUGAACCUGUAGGUCUUGACAUGGUCCUCUUGUUUUGGUUAUUGUUCCAGAACAGAGUAAAUUAGUCAAUAUUUAAAAGAAAAGUCUAUCAAUCCAUGUAUUUAUUUCUUAGUAUCUCAUUUCACCACUAGGUGGUACAUUAAGAGCAUUAUUUCACAAAUCUCAACCUUUCAAAUUCAAUGGCUCUGGCACCUGUUAGUUUAAUUGCUCUAGGGAUGACAAUGGGUGGAAUGGAUUGAUAACAGAUUUAGCAAAUUGUGUAUGUGUGUUUUGGGCAAGUGUUUGUAGGCAUGUAUGUUUGAAUAGCUGGUUUAAGCAGGUGCACUAACCAUUGCUUAAGUCAGGGUAUAUGAGAUGGCUAUCUGAAACCACAGAAUGAGAUUGUGCACACAGUGUUCAAACAGAGCACACAGCUGUAUAACCCCCCUCAGAUCUGAUCUCAGAUUUAUGACCAUUCAGAACUACAAACAACAUUGCCUGAUUAACCUUUCCCAAACUGACCUGACAGCAGUUGCAUAGUGGGGUGGCAGUCUGAAAAUGUGCCACACCUAGGUAUUCAAACAGAGAGAGAUAACAGAAAGAGAUUUCAUUCAAUCAGCCCAAUAAGUCCAUUGUGAGAAUAAACAAAAUGAAAGAUUUUACUGCAGACUAACAAGCACUGUGGAAUAAUUUUCUCUAAUAACAACAGGAAGACUUAAUUCUCUCUAGAUUAAAGGAAUAUUCCAGGUUCAAUACAAGUUAAGCUUAAUUGACAGCAUUUGUGGUACAAUGUUGAUUACCAAAAGUAUUAAUUUCGACUCGUCCUUUUCAUUCAAAAAAAAAAAAAAAGAGCAAAAAUCUGGGUUACAGUACUUACAAUGGAAGUGAAUGGGACCAAUCUGUAAACAUUAAAAUAUUCACCGUUUCAAAAGUAUAGCCACAAUUCCUGACAUUAAAUCGUAGAAAACAUUCCCUGUCUUAGGUCAGUUAGGAUCUCUACUUUAUUUUAAGAAUGUGAAAUGUCA